AUGGAUCUGCAGUCGCUGUCCCCAAGACUCCGUCACUUUCUCGUAAACAGACUUGACAAUCCUCGCUCUGUAGGCUCAGAGCCAUUUGUCCAGGAAGACGAACUUUGCGAGCUAUUAGGUGUCUUCCCUCAAUAUGACAGUUUUACCUGCUUUGGCAGGACCUCUUCUUCCGGCUUCCGAUGCAGAAACAGAAUCAGUCGAGAACAGCGGCACAUCGCAAAAGUCCUUCUCACGAAUGCCAACCAAACCUUCCAGCACCGAGACACCAACCUCAGAGAACUGAUGCAGGACUUUGAGCAAAUCGCAAGCAAUGUGCUCUGCCAUGCUUAUCAUCAGAGUCAGAUCAGCCGCCUUGCGACGAGCUGGAUGCUGAAGACAAUGCAAUAUCAAGUCUUGGAAUUUGAUAUUCGCCAGCUACGGAUGGAAGCCACUCUGGGGUCACUGGUGGAAGCGUUUAAUGAUAUUGGCGAGCGUUUAAGGGCCGACGGGUGCCUUUCCGCCGAAGCGUAUGAAGCCGGGAGAAUCCGUCCAGGCGAUCUUAAUCCAGGAGCCAUUAGUGGCGUUGCUGAGCAGGAAACCGUUGGGUAUGCGCAUGUAGACGGGGAUGGAGAUGAAAUUGAGGAUCGCGAGCUCGAACCUGAGUCUGAGCCUCCGCCUAUUGCUGCUGCCGUACCUCUUGUCGCAACGCAGCAGCCACAACCACAGGAAGCACGAAUCCAACCGGUUACCCAUGCCGCUUACCGUGCAACUGCCGUUCUCAACUUGGUACGCAGAGCAGCAAGAGACGGGUUUGCAUCAAAUAGAAUUCGUCACGAGAGACCACGCAUGCCAAUCAAGGAUGACUGCCAAAUCUGCCAAGAACCCCUCGUCAAUGAGAGGGUAGAAGCAUCAUUGCCUUCCUCGUCCCAUUCUGCAUCGUCUCAUUCUCAAGCAUUACACGAAUCUUCUGAGCUCACCUACUGCUCACGCGGCUGUGGGAGGAACUUCCAUCUGGAUUGCAUGAACACGUGGAUUUAUUCCUGUAUUAACACUAGACUGCCGCUUACCUGUCCGAAUUGUCGUUGCAAUUUGUCCGAAGAUUCUUAAUCCGCGAAUCACUCAGAAUUUUGGACUCCAGGCUCCCUGGGCAUGAACUGUCAGAUAUAAUCGGGCAAUUUCCACGACCUUUCCAGUUGAGAAAUUCGUUGAAUUUUACUCUUUUUUCGUUUGUGUGUGUGGCUGUGCGGGUGUGCGGCGUGUUCACUUGCAAUAUUUAUCCUCGAUUCAUUGCUCGACUUUUGUGUAUCACUGCAAUAUCUUUUCAUUGCUCCGCGUUUCUGCAUUAGUCCAGGAGUGUAUGAUAAAGAAGAUAGAAAGGAAGAAAGAAAAAUACAAAACAGAAGAAAAAACUCACCGCAGUGAAAAAGGAGCAUAAGGGGCUUUUCAGCCCUGGGUCCUAGUACACACACUCCUUAUAUAUCUGCUGUAUGCAUGCACGUCCGCUCUAAUUGGAACUUUGAAUGAAUCAACACUUACAUAUAC